AUGAGUUUUUUAUCGUGGGGACCAAUGCAGGAAUCUGACAUGCAACAGUUUUGCGUCGAAAUGAUGAAACGGCUCGACCUUCAACGAAGGAACGAGCAGUUCUGUGAUGUGGUUCUUGAAGUUGGCUCUGGUGACGAUCAAACUUGCUUUAAAGCACACAGAAUCGUUUUAUGUGCAGGAAGUCCGUUCUUCUACAAUGCUCUUAACAGCGACAUGAAGGAAAAGAGAGAGGGAGUCAUCAGAUUAGAAAACACGAGCAAAGCUGUGAUGGAGGAAUUGAUAGACUAUCUUUACACGGGACAUGUGGACGUCACGCAACACAACGCGUUCGAUCUUCUGGAGAUAGCUGAUUUUUUUGUCAUUCCAAGUCUAAAAGACGUUUCAAGUAAGUUCAUCGCAGGAACACUGUCUUCUUACAGCUGUCUAAGGGCAUAUUAUUCAGCUUUGAAAUAUCAUUGCACUGAAUUGCAUAAAGAAGCAAGGAAUUUUAUCUGUACACACUUCAUGAGCUUAGUCGAGCUGGAAGACUUUCUGAAUUUAAGCUUGGAAGAGUUGGAAGAGUGGAUAUCAAGUGAUGAAUUAAUAGUUAAAGGAGAAGAAGACGUUUUCCAGGCUAUCGUCAAGUGGUUAGAAGGAAAAGAGUGCCGCGAACGUGAAAGAUUUUUCGAAUUAUUUCGUCAUGUUCGUCUGGUUUAUAUGUCACGCAAUUAUGUCUUUAAGGAGGUUGUACCACAUCCUUUGGUAAAAAAUGAUGAAACAUGCACAGCAUUUGUCUUAGAGGCGAUGAAAGAUGUUUCAUCUGGCUCUGAAGAGUGCUAUUUUGCCCAGCCACCAAGAAACUGCUUGAAAACAGCAGAAGAUUGUCUUGUUUUCACUGAUGAAACUCGCACAAUCUGUUACCUUCCCACAGAAAACAGGUGUUAUAAACUGACAGAUCAGCCUGAAAAUUUGUAUUUGCACUCUAUGUGUGCUUCAUAUGGAAAUCUUUACGUCAACAAUGCUGAUGAACAGACAAUUGACAGAUAUGAUCCAGUGACAAACUCUUGGGCACCUGUCAUCCCAUCCUUGAGUGGUGGUCAGGUGCCAUUCCGUUCUGUAGCUUUAGUUAAUUUCCAAGGGUUUUUAUAUGUGAUUGGUGGGAUAAAGGGAAAUGAACAUGUAAACUCUGUUUAUAGGUACAGUCCUGACAUAAAUGCAUGGCAGGAAGAUGCACCCAUGAGCUUUUCCAGAUCUUCACUAUCUGCUGUAGCUGACAAGGAAACUAUGUAUGCAAUUGGAGGCCGGACAAAGGAUCAAUUACUAGAUGUGGUGGAAAGAUUUGACCCCAAAACAAACUCAUGGUGCAAGGUCGCUUCAAUUCUCGAAAAGAAAAGAUACUGUCAUGCUAUUAUUUUAAGGGCUAAAGUGUUUUUAUUUGGAGGCUUCACUAGCUCUGUUCAUACAUUGGUAUCUUCUGACAAUAUUGAAAUGUAUGAUCCAAUAUCAAACAUUUGGACAGCCAUCCAGAGUACAUGUACAUCUGCACCAGUUCGCUGUUUUGGUGCCUUAAAUUUCAAAGGAGCUGUUUUAGUCGCAGGUUCUUGGAAUCAAGAAAGUUCCAUCAAUCUUUUGUUGAGAGUUUAUGAUGUUGACAAGAAUGAGUGGAAGACUUGUGCACAUUUUCCUCGUAUUAUUUAUCCGCAUGCUAUGGCUCCUGUACGGAUCCCAAGAGUAAUUUUAAACAGUUGUGAAGUCUUGACAUAGGUACAGGUUGUCUUUUGAAAGAUCACCCUUGAGAGUUGUACAUGUACACAGUGGAACCCUGCUGUUUGACCACCUUGUUGUUGUGGUCAUUUUGAUUUAUCCUUGCUAAAGUCCCUUGAAUUUCCCCAUUAAAAAGCCUUGUAACCCAUUAACUGUUAACAGUGGUCAGCGUGCAAAGAAAGUCAUGUUUGAUAGCCCAGGGCAGUGGAUUUUGCUUUAGGGCUAGUGAUUUUUGUUUUUAACUUGCCCGACGGACAAGUGCUGUUUUUGGGGGAAAUUCAAAUUACAGAAGGAUUGUAAUCAAUCCUGCUAAUCAAAAAGGGUUUUAGGGCUAGCUGAAAUGACUUGUGGGCUAGUACAUGCUAGCUACAGCUUGCGUGAAUGGCAGGCUGUAAAACUGACUUCCUUUACAUCGUGGUGGUGAAGAGAAAAACUGACAAAAAAUUCAAAUAAUAUUUAUUUCUGUAAAAUCCUAAAAGUUUAGACAUAAGCACAGUUAACAUCAUCCUCAGGAGUUGGACAGUGGAACCACUGGGUUCAGUCACCUUGUUAUAGGUGAACUACUUUAAUGAUAUAUCGUGGCAAAAUGCCCAUGCAUUUGAGAAAUAAAUGCCCUUAAUUUUUCCACCACUCUAAUGCGCUGUAAUGGCCCCAUUGUAAAACUGUAAUGUUUAUUUUCCCCACAAGUUUACCUUUUUAACAGGCCAGUUAGGCCAGGCCAGUUUUGUCUGCACAGAGUAGUAUAGAAGCUUCUUGUAAGGUCUCUCCUAAUUGGUAGCAGGAAACAAUGACAUGUCAUUCUUUCAAUUGUUUUAGUAUUGUUUGGGGUCAGGGUUAGGCACCAUCGGUGACUCUUCCGAGUAGCUGCUACAUGACCCUCCACACGGGCCUGUUUAUGUUGGAGGGAGGCUGGGAGAGUGGAAAAGUAAGGUGCAUGGAGGAUGAUGGGAAGGGGAAAGAGAAGAAGAAGAAGAGAGGUUCCUGCCUUUUUCUUAUUCUUAUCAUCCACCUGUGCUUGCUAUUUUUUUUAUUAUUACUAUUUUUAUUAAAAUGCCCACACGGAGCCUCUGGAGGAGAGAGCAAAGUUUCUAUCACUCAAACUUGCAUUUUUAUCCAUACAUAAUAAUACAAAUAAAAUUUUGAUCAUGUACACAGACAGCUUGGUAAUAAUAUAACUUAGUUACUACCACCCAAUUUAGCGGUGGAGAAAGGAAAAUGCAGCUUAAUUUAAUCAUUUUGCCCUUUCCUUUUGCGUAAUUUCUUAAUACCUCCUGCAACAGGAAUUCCCUGCAAAUAUGGCAUUUUAUUCCCAAUAAAAUUCAAGCCUUUGUUUGCAGAAUUGUUGUUUUGAAUUGAUGGUUUAAUUUUUACAGUUUAUUCAUUUUUUUGUAAUUCACGAAUCGGUUUGUAUUUAUGUGUAUGUAAGUGGAAGACAUUAAAUCCAGGACUGUUUAUUAUUUUAUCUACUCUGUGUGCUUGUUUUUUUUCCUUUUUUUACCUCCUUCCUAUCCCCUACCUCUUUCGACGCUUGCUACGUAAAGCUAGCUAUAUUGUGUACAUUUUUACGUCGUUACAGUAAUUACCUUCUAAAAUUUUGUAACACUUUGUAAUUCGAUAGUAUGAAAACACCAUAUUGCUUCUAUUUUUGUAAUGUGUGUUUGCCUACACCCCACCUGGAAAUCGUCUUUUGUUGUGUGUGGCCAGCAUAGUUAAAUGAAGUUGUGCAAUUGAUUUGAACCUGUAUUUUCUUUACUAGUUCACCUUGUUGAUGUGCCUAGUCAAAGCAAAAUGUGCAUUUCAAAAGACAAGUGAUAAAAGGAAAUUAUUCUUUUCAUAUAAAUAUAGUCAUUUCCUGUACAGAAUCCUUUACUGUGUUUAAGCUCGUGUAGCUAACAUUAAUUUUAUUUCUUUAUUUAUUAUUUAUCAGGAUGGGGACGAAGUAGCCUCAGAAAACAGCCGACAUUUAGCGACGUCACCACUGGUUUCUCGGGAAAAACUGUAA